CGUAGUAUCGCCAGCUCACUGACGUCCUCUCCCAGCAGGACAGUAAGCGAACCGCCGCCUUCUUGCUACUUUUGCGGCUCUGUUCGUGCCGUCCAGCAAGGGAUCUCACCACUACAUUGUGCAGGGCCGUCGUCUAAUCUGCACAGAGGUAUUUUCAUCAGCGUCGUAGCGUCUGAAUCGACCGACAACAGUCAAGACUAAGGUUCUCAGCAGCGAUGGGGUGUUUCGGUUGCUGCCGAGGUGUCAACGCUCGUAUGUUGUUCCUCACAGCAUGUGCCAUGAUCGAGUACAUCGCGCAGACUGUAGUGUUGGUGCUGGGGCCGAUGCUGACGCUGCAUUUCUACCCGGAGACGUCGUUCCAUCGUCUUGGCUUCUAUACGGCUAUCAUCUCCGGCUCAGGCUUCCUUGGUCACGCACUAAGCUGCGGCUUCUGGAUCAAUUUGGCGCGCUCUCUAAAAAGCAGCAAGGGCGUAAUUUUAUGGGGACUGGCAGUCACGGGGGCUGGGUUCUUCAGCUUACUAUUGUGCAAGAGCCUGGUAGCCAUGUCGCUCGUGCGGUUCGCGACUGGCCUCAGCAGUGGCGUGUUGCCUGUUGCUCUAAUUGAGAUUGACAAUAUCUGUGGCAACAGACAAACCAAACUAGCACUGGUAACCAAGACUUUGGGCGUGGGGAUUGGAGCUAUUGGCACUUUCGCCUUCAUCACGCUUAGUGCGAAGUUUCCGGACAAAUCGAACGAGGACCCCGCGACAAGAGACUCGUCCUUGUACCUCUAUCCGUUCUGUUUCGUGUCGAUUCUCGCGUGGAUUGCAGUCAUGGUGAUGCUACUGGGACUGCGUCUACGUAGCCGGACAGCGUACACGCAGCUCGCGGAGGAGGAAGAUGACUUUCUCAACUUUAUGCCGCAGAUCCAGAUCGAUGCGCAGGCUUCACCACGCUCGUCAACCAGUCUGAACACAAGCAGUACAAGCAGUAGUGAGAGCGGUAGUCCCAUGUCCACUACAGUCGCCCACGUCAAGUCUGCGUUUGGAGAGACGUUCGGACGCACUGCCAUGGGUUUAGGCUUUAAGAAAGCCAUGACGACACCGGCGAAACUAGCGGCGAUCAAGUUAUUAGCCACGCCGCAGCCGCAUUUCCGACUUAUUCGAGAUAUCCUGCCCCAUUAUUUCCACGGCUACACAUCGGACGGACAUUUGAUCGUCUGGGACUUCGUUGGUCGUGUCAAGAUGGACAAACUCUUCGCUGCGGGUUUUACGACCUCAGAUUUACGUGACCAUUACAGAUUCUUCCUGGUUUUUGCACAGGAGACGUUGCUGCGAACACCUACGCAGAAGAUCGUGUAUAUUGUGGAUCUGGAUGGCCUCUCGCUUCGUGAUGCCGACGCUCGUGCAGUUGAUGGAGUUUGUGCGGUAGUGAAGACACUGCAACGCGAGUUACCUGAUCGACUACAAACUCUUGCGGUUCUCAACUCCCCCGUAUGGUUUUCUCAAGUAAUGACGAGUAUUCGUCCCCACUUGGCGAAGCGUACAGCAGACAAAGUAUCGUUCUUGUCUAAGGAGACGGCCACUCAAGAUUUAAUUGCACUUGUCGGCGUCGACAGUUUGCCUCAACGUUACGGCGGACGCAACGGUGUGGAGAUUGGCAAAAGCGCGCAGGAACGCUCUCUGGACGACCUGCUUAAGCGUACUACAGGGUCAUUGGAGCGUACACUUGAAAUUGUUGCUACUCCACGGUCGCGACGCACAAGUGUCACCCGAUCGCGUGCAAGCAGUAUCCGCAGUGAUGAUGGAAGUGACGAAGAGGCUUUCUUUGACUGUUCCGAGUACGGACUUCAAGGCGUUGAAGACUUGGAAGACCAGGAGCCAGUGAUCUCUGUGGUUGUCCACUCGCAGUCAACUCCAUCUCCGAAGACUGAGCCUGUUGCGAGAACUAAUGCUGCAAGCUCUGGAGCGUAUCAACCACUAGAGAAAAAGCCUGUAAAACCCACUCGACCGUCUCCGAAAGCAGUCGACAAUCCUGUACCCGAACUGGCGAUCACAAGUGAACCUCUAGCUUGUCUGGUACUGCUGGUAUUCUUCUUCUGGUCCCUUGUGCAGCUCAGUUUCGACGAGAUGCUUCCGCUUUGGUUCUUCAAGCAGAAUCCAAUUACAUUGGGCGGUAGUGUGCACGCUGAGCCACCGUCGUCGCGCUCUACAGUGUCGUCUAUCACACUCACUGUCGCCGGGACAUUGGCAUCUCUGUCGUUGGUCGUCCUAUUGGGUCAACUUGCGUCGAAUGUGGUGUGCAAUUCGGCUCGCAACUCUAUGACGCCUCUCGCUACGCUGCGUAUCGGUUUGAUUCUCCAGAUCCCCAUUCUGGGUUGCUUCCCGCUCAUCGAUCUGUUUAAAGUGGAUGAACUACCUUUUGCGUGGUUUAUGGUAGUCGGUGUACUCGUGUUGAAGCAACUUGUUGCCGGUGUGGCGUCACAUGGCAUCAUGGCGUUGCUGGACAACUCCAUCGCUGUGGAUAGACGACUAGCAGUGCAUCGGGCAGCACAACGCGUGCGCUACUUCAGUCAUUUCAUCGCGAGUGGGGCAGCGCCAGCGCUGUUUGCACUGCUGGGAUACUUUGAGCAGGCGUUCCCGUUCGACCAGAGUCUGCUGUACUUUGUACAAGCACUGGGGCUUGUGUUCCUGCUCUUCUUCUCCAUUGCCAUCCCCAGUCGAAUGAAUUUUCCCGUGCUGUUCAGCAUGGGCAAGCGGUGAUCGUAGACGCUAAAUAAUAACAAGGGAAUGGCUCGAUGAUAAAGAGUAAGCAUACAUUCAUGGGGCUUGCAGGUUGCUAGGAUCGAUAUCUACAUUGCUACUCGCUGGCUGGACGUGUACUGUAGCGGAUCCUCUCGCUUAUAGCCAAGCACGCUUGGUCACUGCAGCGUCUAGCCAGGUGCACUCCUAAAGACUUAGAAUCCACCGUCUUUGGGUGUGAAUGUAGCCAUACCGGUACGUUGGUACUGAAUGAGCACGCCAAUUAGGACGAUGUUGAGCAGGACGAGCGGGUAGAACUGCAUGUAGAAGAUGACGUCCCAGUCGAAUAUGGCCAGGAAGUAGGCCAGAUAGACUGCAGUAACGUGGGCGCUGAUGCCGAGGAACGACGCCACGCGCACGAGUCCGCCGAACUUUUGGCGGUAAGCAUUGUGAUACUCACUAGUGCAUGACGCGAGCAGAGCCUGACGGUCCAGUUCCGCCUGGGAGGCGGCAUCGGACGUGAAACUGGCCUGGACAGUCAAGUACACCGAGUAGAUGCCAAGUAGGAUCGUGUCCAGAGCGCAGGCCGACUGCUUGCGAGCAGCACGGUACUCGGCACGCACACUAGCGACCGUUUCACCAUCGCAUUCGGACUGUGGGAGGGCGUUCUCCAUGUAGACGUUCUUGAUCUUGUCGUAAAUGAUGGCGUGCAACCAGAGCGACAUACCCGCCCAGAAGCAAAGGUGGAAGUACAUGACAUUGCCGCCAUAGUGGUGCUGCAUGACUUCGCCCAUGAUCCAGAAGUUGGGAGCGAUCACUAGACCAUCCACGACGCCGUCCAAGAUGCGACCUGUACGGGUGCCGCGCUUGCAGAGACGCGCGACCUGUCCGUCCGUGCAGUCUGAGACGAUCCACGUGAACAUGAACAGCGCGGCGGCCAGCAGCGAGUGCGAGGGCUCCCAGGCCAGCGGGUAGUGGAACUCCGAGUCGUACAGACACAAGGCGGCGGCCCAGCCGAGGAACAGCCCAAAGAUCGUGAUCUGGUUGGGGGUGAUCAUAAAUGGCAGGUAACUCACGAUCACCGCGGGCACGGCGGCCAACCGUCGGUGCCAGUAGUAGUCGAUGAGCUCCUCCACGUCGUACAUCUUGGUGCAUGUGGCCUUGUGGUAGCGCUCCCACACCGUCUCAUGUGGUGGCGCCUCCUUGGAGAAAACGGGGGCGGCUGUAGGCGACGAGUUCUUGGGUGCGAGCUUCAUGGUGUCCGACUGCUCGUCGCCGCUGCUCACGGGCGAGUUGGAGCGCGAGCCGUUACGGUGCGUCAUGCCCUUGGACGACACAUUUAUCGUGGAGCCGUACAUUUCUUCGUCGGUCUUGACGUCGACAGUGGGUAUUGCCAUACCUGCUCGCGGAAACCGUUUCCUCACUACCGGCGUAAUCUCGAAAUGAGGUCUGGCAGCCUCGAGUUUUUCACCCUGAGGAAGUGUCGCAUAGGAUACGUACUCUAGGGCUGGGAAGCGAGGCAAUUCCGUGACAUGCAUGCCUCUAUUUAUAGGUAAAUCAAAGGUUUGGGGAUAUUUUAGGCUGAUAAGCUUGUUUUGAGUAAGGGAGAGAGAGUUAUUAAUUGGAGACAUAAAGUCGAUAAAAGGAUUCAA